AUGGUGAACACGGCGUUGCUCACACUGAAAUCGGAGGUGAAGGAGUAUGGGGACGACGCGGAUUCCUGCGGAGAGAGCACCUCGGCCGACGGAACGCCGGUGUCACACGACAUGCUCGACUUGUUCAGCGGAGGCGUCGACAUUCAGAAGGUCCUCGAAGCUCUGACGACGCCUGCCAACCCCAUUGGCGUCCUUUCGAAGGCCAUCAGACCUAAUGAGAAGCGCUCCGUUAUGCGUCGCUACCGCAGAGGGAAUAGAAAAAAGGUUAUUGGAUUUUCAUACUUCGUUCAGUUAUAGGUGAGUAACAAACUCUUAUAUAAUUGUAUUAUAUCUCUGGAUAAGUAUCGUCAAAUCCCAUUCACCAUGCUUUGAAAUAGUCUGCCUUGUCUGCAUCUCUUUACUUUACGACACGACUAUUAAAUGAAGGAAAUAGAAGGUGUUUGGCGAGAUUCGCCGCUUAGAAUUCAAAGUUUUUCAGCUUUAGCAAGUGGAUUAGGUGUCAAAAUAAGUUUUCUUGCUUUUUUCCUAGGUCUACAAGUUAUAUAUGAAUCGGAUAAGUACUCGCUGAGAUAUCCUCAAAAAACCAAAACUUAAUACACUUUUGAGCGGUACUGUAUGUCUUUUACGAUAAGUAACAUCUGAUAUGAUAAGGUUUAUGAAUUAAUUUCGAAAUUUAGGUCAUCGACAACGGCUACGUGUUCACCUACGACAAAGAUUCUUCUUGCGGCAGACGCAGCUUCUGGCGCUGCGAGCGAAAAAGCGAAUGUCCCGCCAGAGUUCACACAGAUCCAGUCACCAAAUCAGUUUGUCUUUUUUUUUUCAAUCCUAUUCCGAAAAAACUAUAAUAGACUGCUUCAGGUCCUCAAAAGAAUCCACGAGCACAACCACGAGCCGCCCUCGCCUGAAGAGCUGCCUUCGUGGCUCAAAACUGAAGAAGACGUGAUUGUAGUCACCGCUGCUGCUGCUCCCAUCAACAGCGCCGUUAGCUCGGAAUCUUGCCAGACGGCCGCAAAAACAGAGGUGGAAGAAGAAAUGGAAACCGAGAUGACUCCAGCUGCGAACGUCGAUCCGAUGCAACCGAAGAAACGAAAGGAAGAGGAGAACGAGUUUUCUGGAGACGUCACGAAGGCCUCGGAGAGCAACAACGACUUCAAGGAGUUUGUGGACGUGGCACGUCGUAUCAUGCUGCAGUUCGACUCACUUUGGAAAGGCCAAAAGUUAGUUCGACUAAUUGAGCUGCCUGCUUUGCAUGUUAAUUCUCUUCAACCGCGUUUCUCAAUUCAAUUAUUCGCACGUUUGUACCACGGGAGAAUUUGUUUUUCGUUGAACUUCCCGUUCCUUUAUGUCCAUUUAUUCAUUUUGGAAUCUAGCAAGCAGGAAAUCGCUAUUCGAAAUGGAUGGUUUUUACGCGGAUUGCGAAAAUAGCUGAUAAAUCAUGCUGUUUAGAACUGACUCCGUUGUCGACUGCGAUUGUGAGGUUGCCGAUUUUCUCGACUCCCACAACUUCACAGAGCUCAAGUCAACUUUUUCAAAGUGCGUGUUAAUUUGUGAAAAAGGGAUAACUUAAUUUUUGUUUUAAUUGAACGCCAGAAAAUUUGAGAUUUUUUUAACUUUCUUCUGUCUGAAACGCUUAGUUUUUCAAAAAUUUCUUAGCAAGAAAAAAUUAUUGAGUUCAAAAGAAAAUUUUAAAAAAAAUCAUGGUCAUAAAAAUCUUUGUUUGGUCUCCUAAGUUUAGAACCAAGGGCUUUUGUAGAAAUAAGAGCGAUGACUUUUCUAGAAAGAUCAGAAGUUUGAUUUGUUAGAAAUGUCCAACAAAAAAUUACGGCUACCUCGGAGAGUAAAAGAUUCGAACUUGAGUUAGGAAAGGGUCUUAUCAGUAGCUCUACACUGGCUCUGACCAAUACAAAGAACUGAAACUGAAACGAACGGCUUGGGAUGAAUAAUGGAAAGAUAAUUGUUGACGAGUCACAGUUAAGGUUCACGUUGAAAGACAUGCGGAAAUUGAGUGUUGAGCAAAUCGGAUUGGCCGUCGGCAGCGACAUCAACGGCGUCCUGCUGCACAACCUGCUGCACGAGUCAGUUCGCCCCUAAUGACGUCAUUUGUUGGCUGCAGAGAUCCCGCUGACAACCACGACGUUCUGCGGAUUUUCGUUUCCGAAACGUGCAAGGAAGACGGAGGGCCCUUCUAUCAAAUGCUCUGUUUGCCACACAAAACCGAGGUUUCUUUUCAAAUCCCUGUCAACUGUCAAUGGCCGACCCUUUUACAAAGGGCAUUUUCUUCCUCAAUUAAUCAUUUUGGACUCGUCAUCAAGAGGAGAAAAAAGGGAAAGAUAGAUUUUUGUUGUUUUUGAUGAAUGAAGUUAAAUAUUUAAUGAGCGUUGAGAGAAGAAGAAUCGUGGGAUGAACGGGAAAAAUAAAUCGUCGCCUACAUCUUUAAUAAAUAACCUAAAUUUUAUUUUAAUAACACUUGCUUUGUUAGUUUUACUCACUAAAUUGUUUGUUACUUUCAAAACAAUCAUCUCUUUUUUUUUGUUUUGGCUGCCUUCAAACUUGAUGAGAAAAACUUUUUCCGUUUGACGGAACGCGUCCAAAGUCUGAACACACUAUACACAAUUGUGUGCUCAAGAUAGUCACAAGGAUGCGAACCUCGGAAAUCUUAUCGAAAUAGGAUCUACCAGAUGCUCGGAAAACAAUUAACGAGUGCAUUUCAGAAAAAUAUUUCCUCUUAGAUUUUUUCGCUGCUGAUUAUUUAGUUUUUUUAAAACUCUUCACGACAAUUUCGAGAAAAAAAGAAGAAAAAGAAAGAAACCGAAAAAUUACUAUUUCGCGUUUUUUUCGAAAAAUUUUGUGAGUUAGUUUUUUUCAUUUUGAAUAAAUAAAAUUUAUCGCUUUGAAAAAUUUGAAAAAAAGUCUCAGAUUAUUUUUUGGAAGUAUUCUUUUUUUGAAAAAAAUUUUUUUUUCAAAAAUUCUGAUAAGUUACGAAAAAUUUUUCAAUAUAAAUGUAAAGCUCUAAAAUACAUGCAGAUUGUUUGAAAAUGAAACUGCGGAACGUGAUUUACUCUAUUUUAAAUGAAAAUGAACCCCGGAAAGUAGCCUCAACAAAAAUGAUUUUUUUUUGCAGUGAUAAUAGCUGCUUAUUCAAGUUUGAGUUUUUGGCUCAGAGUUGUUAACAAUUUAUUUUCCCAUUUUUUGAGCGGCUCUUCUGAGUUUCUGCUCAGUUUUCGUAGCUUCGUUUAAUAUCUUUGUAAAAUUCAAAAUUACAAGUUAGCAUAAACGUUUUCAAAAGCAAAUUUUUUCUAAAAGUGUUGUCGAUAAACUGAAGCUGUCCAAGAUGAAGGGUUAAAUAGAACGUAGGACAUGGUUUUCGGAACAUUAUUUCAUCUUAGAAAUUACUUUUGAAAUAAUAAAUUUAUUCUAUUUAUUCACAGAAAGCCCUGAGAGAAGAGCUUGAAAAGAUGCUGAUCAAGGUGCCGAAAAGGCUGUGCGUGGCGGGGCCAGGAGAAGUCAACGUCCUGCUGUCUGAUCGCGUAAGAUCUUUCUCUUAUUUCAUUCACUUAUUCACAUACAAAAUGUUCUUUUUGCCAGUUUUUGUCUCAAUUUUCUCGUCUGCAGAUCGUUGCGACCUGGAAGAAUGAGCAAAUCUUCGAGCUGACGACGUCAAAAACCUUCUGCAGACUUCGAUCUCUAGACUGA